CCGGACAAUUCUUCUUCCUGUAACACAUCCAUCCAUUUCUAGCUGCAGGCAGAGCAGAGUUGAGCGUGUGGGAGUCGAAGGAGAUCGAGAUGGCAACUGCAUAUGCUCCUCCGAUGGCGAGCCAGGUGAUGAAGAGCGGCUUGGUGAGCUCCAAGCCGCGGGGGCUGUCCGGCGCCUCACUCACCAGGAGGCCCCGCUUCGUCGUCAAGGCCGUCAAGUCUGACAAGGGGACGUACCAGGUGGUCCAGCCCAUCAACGGCGACCCGUUCAUCGGCAGCCUGGAGACGCCCGUCACCUCCAGCCCCCUCGUCGCGUGGUACCUCUCCAACCUCCCCGCGUACCGCACCGCCGUCAGCCCGCUCCUCCGCGGCAUCGAGGUCGGCCUCGCCCACGGCUAUCUCCUCGUCGGCCCCUUCGCGCUCACCGGCCCGCUCCGCAACACGCCAAUUCACGGCCAGGCGGGAACCCUCGGCGCCAUCGGCCUCGUCUCCAUCCUCAGCGUCUGCCUCACCAUGUACGGCGUCGCCUCCUUCAACGAGGGCGCGCCCUCCACCGCGCCCGCGCUCACGCUCACCGGCCGCAAGAAGGAGGCCGACAAGCUGCAGACUGCGGAAGGCUGGUCGCAGUUCACCGGAGGCUUCUUCUUCGGCGGUGUCUCGGGCGCCAUCUGGGCCUACUUCCUCCUCUACGUGCUCGACCUCCCAUACUUCUUCAAGUAGAUGAUUAUUGUUUGGCAUGUACGAUGGGUGCAGAUGAUGUGAUCUCUUCUUGAUGGUUGCUUGAAAGAGUCUAUGUAUAAAUGAAUUUACGUAUUCCUCAGAA